AUGGCUACCCCGGAAGUUCACCACCUCUUUCAUAACCCCAUUGCUGAUCACUCUUUUUCCCCUGAUAAGUCAACACUUGCAGUUGCUCGGGACAGCAAUGUGGAGCUCUACCAGAAAGCGGGUAACAAGUUCUCGUUAACUGAUGAACUCAAAGGCCAUGAAAAGAUUGUGACAGGCGUUGAUAUUGCUCCUAACAGUGGCCGGGUUGUUACCUGUUCCCAGGAUCGCAAUGCAUAUGUUUGGGAGCGAACCUCUACUGGCUGGAAACCGACUUUGGUCCUGCUUCGGAUCAACAAAGCUGCAACCUUUGUGAGGUGGUCUCCAUCUGAACAAAAGUUUGCUGUUGGCUCAGGGGCCCGUGUGAUCGCCGUUUGCUACUUUGAGGAAGAAAACGACUGGUGGAUUUCGAAACACCUGAAGAAGCCUAUACGGAGUACCAUCACCACACUUGCUUGGCAUCCGAACUCUGUUCUUCUGGCUGCAGGCUCGACCGAUUCUCACGCGAGAGUUCUCUCUAGUUACAUUAAAGGUGUUGAUACCCGCCCCGAGCCGAGCGCCUGGGGAGAACGUCUCCCAUUCAACACUAUAUGUGGGGAGUUUCUGAAUGACUCGGCGGGAUGGAUUCAAGGAGUGUCCUUCUCUCCAAGUGGAAACGUGCUUGCUUUCACUGGACAUGACAGUAGUGUCACUGUUGUGUACCCUAGUGCACCCGACCAACCUCCUCAGGCUAUGUUGAACAUCACCACUCGCUUCUUACCGUUCAAUAGUUUGAUCUGGAACGGAGAGAACGAGAUCAUCGCUGCUGGCCACGAUUGCGAGCCGUACCGCUUCCAUGGGGACGAGAAUGGAUGGCAGCUUACAGGAACUAUCGAAAACAAGUCUGGUUCCGGUGUCGGUGCUGUUCGCGAGGAGUCUGCUCUUAAUAUGUUCCGUCAAAUGGAUCUCAAGGGACAGACCCAGGCCGAUACCCAACUCAAGACUGUCCAUCAGAAUACUAUCAAUACAGUUCGCAUAUAUGAAGAGGCGAACGGAGUUGUCAGCAAAUUUAGUAUCUCGCACGAAACCUUUGCCUCUUUGGAAGAAUUAUCGCGCAUUGUUGACGUCUCGUACUGUGUCGGCAGUACAGGAGUACAGAAACCGUUCCGGUGUUUGAGUCGGUGUGAUGAAUUUCCAGGCUUUGAGUUAAUCACCACGUGGAGCACCGGUACCUUCCUCUCGGAUUCGUGUGGCUACAUCGCAUUGUCCCAUUUCCCACAUGCAAAGCGCAUAAUUGUUGCUUUCCGUGGCACCUAUUCAAUAACAGACGCUAUAAUCGACCUUUCAGCCUACCCACAAGCGUACGUACCAUAUAACCCUAAUGGCCGGGAGGAUAAGGAAUUGUUACGAUGUCGUAAUUGCACAGUCCACGCGGGAUUCCUGGCCGCGUGGCUGAACACUCGCCCGAUCAUCCUCAAGCAUGUUUCAGCAGCAAGGAAACAGUAUCGUGACUACAAAGUAGUGCUUGUCGGUCACUCGCUUGGUGGGGCAGUUGCUGCGCUGGCUGGGCUUGAGAUGCAAAUGCGAGACUGGGAGCCGCAGGUGACAACGUUUGGAGAGCCUAAAAUCGGAAACAAGGAAUUUGUUAAUUUUCUUAAUGAGGCGUUCAAGCUCGGGACGGCUUCACCUGAGGGUGAUGCUCAACAAUGGCAAUUCCGGAGGGUAACUCACGUGGAUGACCCUGUGCCUCUCCUGCCACUAGAAGAAUGGGGAUAUGAGAUGCACGCAGGAGAAAUAUUCAUCUCAAAAGCUGUUCUCCCGCCCUCCGAAUCCGACGUUAUAUUUUGUGAUGGGAAUAAAGAUGCGCACUGUAUCACCGGGGAGCAAAGUAACCUGAGAGCCAUACUUCACGAGAUCAAGUUGGGUGCAGCGAAGCACGAGUGGCGCCAUAGAGUGACGGACCUGACAGACCAGGUGGUUUUGUCUGAUAGCGACAGAUCUCCAUCAGCGAUGGGCUCCCAAAGCGACGCUGAAAGGCAACAGAUACCGCUUCGUCUGCCGUGGAAUCUUAUUCCUUCCAGAUACCGACUCUGGGAGCUAUUCUUUGCUCACCGAGACUACUUCUGGCGGGUAGGUCUCUGCGUUCCUGGCGGUGAUCCAACAGGCAAAGAAACAAAUCAUUAUUCCUAG